CGCGCAAUCCGAGCCCGGGAUAGCGCGAUCUUGCAGCGCCCGAAGAGCGCCAGCCGCCGGGAGUCAGCCGGGCUGAGGGCGGCUAGGGGCCGAACCCAGACUUCCCAGACGAGCUACCAGCCCGCUUGCCUACGCCCCGGGAGCUCUCGGUGCCCGGCGGUCAGCGACCAGACGCCCCGGGGCCACUGCACUCCUGGCUCGCCAGGCGUGGCACUGUCUCGGCCACCGACCCAAAGGGAGAUCUCUGCCAGCAUGGGAGCUACUGAGAGGUGGGACUUCUCCUUCAAGGCCGUGCUGACAAUCAGCUGGCUUGUCCUGGCCCGCUUCCCUGGGGUCACAUCCACAGCAAUGGACACUGGGUGCCCUGACCAGAGCCCUGAGCUGCAGCCCUGGAACCCUGGCCAUAACCAGGACCACCAAGUGUAUAUUGGCCAGGGCAAGACCCUGCUGCUCACCUCUUCCACCACAGUCCACUCCAUCCACAUCACAGAGGGAGGCAAGCUAGUUAUUAAAGACCAUGAUGAGCCGAUUGUCAUACGGACCAGGCACAUUCUGAUUGACAAUGGAGGAGAACUGCAUGCUGGGAGUGCCCUCUGCCCUUUCCAGGGCAAUUUCAGCAUCAUUUUGUAUGGCAGGGCUGACGAAGAUGUCCAGCCAGAUCCUUACUUUGGCCUGAAGUACAUUGGAGUCGGUAGAGGGGGCAGCCUUGAGUUGCAUGGACAGAAAAAGCUCUCCUGGACAUUUCUGAACAAGACCCUUCACCCGGGUGGCAUGCAGGAAGGAGGCUAUUUCUUUGAAAGGAGCUGGGGCCACCGUGGAGUCAUUGUUCAUGUGAUUGACCCCAGAUCAGGCACAGUCAUCCAUUCCGAUCGGUUUGAUACCUACAGAUCCAAGAAAGAGAGUGAACGUCUGGCCCACUAUCUGAACGCUGUGCCCGAGGGAAGGAUCCUUUCUGUCGCAGUGAAUGAUGAAGGUUCUCGAAACCUAGAUGACAUGGCCCGGAAGGCAAUGACCAAACUGGGCAGCAAACACUUUCUACACCUUGGGUUUAGACAUCCUUGGAGUUUUCUGACUGUGAAAGGAAAUCCCUCAUUUUCGGUUGAAGACCAUAUUGAAUACCAGGGACACGGAGGCUCUGCCGCUGCCCGGGUAUUCAAACUGUUCCAGACAGAACACGGCGAAUAUUUCAAUGUUUCCUCGUCCAGUGAGUGGGUCCAAGAUGUGGAGUGGACGGAGUGGUUGGACCAUGAUAAAGUGUCUCAGACUAAAGGUGGGGAGAAAAUUUCAGACCUCUGGGCAGCUCAUGCAGGGAAAAUCUGCAAUCGUCCCAUUGAUAUACAGGCCAUUACACUGGAUGGAAUUAACCUCAGCACCGAGGUUGUCUACAAGAAAGGCCAGGAUUAUAGGUUUGCCUGCUAUGACCGGGGCCGAGCCUGCCAGAGCUACCGUGUACGCUUCCUCUGUGGGAAGCCUGUGAGGCCCAAGCUCACAGUCACCAUCGACACCAAUGUGAACAGCACCAUCUUGAAUCUGGAGGACAACGUGCAGUCAUGGAAGCCUGGAGACACCUUGGUCAUUGCCAGUACUGACUACUCCAUGUACCAGGCAGAAGAAUUCCAGGUGCUUCCCUGCAAGACCUGUGCCUCCAACCAGGUCAAAAUAGCAGGGAAACCGCUGUACCUGCACAUUGGGGAGGAGGUGGACGGUGUGGACAUGCGGGCUGAGGUCGGGCUUCUGAGCCGGAACAUCGUGGUGAUGGGGGAGAUGGAGGCCAAGUGCUACCCCUACAGCAAACACAUCUGCAACUUCUUUGACUUUGAUACCUUUGGAGGCCACAUCAAGUUCGCACUGGGGUUUCAGGCCGCACACCUGGAGGGCGUGGAGCUGAGGCACAUGGGGCAGCAGCUGGUGGGUCAGUACCCGAUUCACUUCCACCUGGCCGGUGACGUGGAUGAAAGGGGAGGCUACGAUCCGCCCACGUACAUCAGGGAUCUCUCCAUCCACCACACGUUCUCGCGCUGCGUCACUGUCCAUGGCUCUAAUGGCCUGCUGAUCAAGGAUGUGGUGGGCUAUAAUUCCUUAGGCCACUGCUUCUUCACGGAAGAUGGGCCAGAAGAACGUAACACUUUUGACCACUGUCUGGGCCUCCUUGUCAAGUCGGGAACCCUCCUCCCCUCUGACCGUGACAGCAAGAUGUGUAAAGUGAUCACGGAGGACUCCUAUCCGGGGUACAUCCCCAAGCCCCGGCAGGACUGCAACGCCGUGUCCACCUUCUGGAUGGCCAAUCCCAACAACAACCUCAUAAACUGUGCUGCAGCAGGGUCUGAGGAAACUGGAUUUUGGUUCAUUUUCCACCAUGUACCGACAGGUCCCUCUGUGGGAAUGUACUCCCCAGGUUAUUCAGAGCACAUUCCACUGGGAAAAUUCCAUAACAAUCGAGCACAUUCCAACUACCGGGCUGGCAUGAUCAUAGACAAUGGGGUCAAAACAACUGCAGCCUCUGCCAAGGACAAGCGGCCCUUCCUCUCUGUCAUCUCUGCCAGGUACAGCCCUCACCAGGAUGCCGACCCGCUGAAGCCCCGUGAGCCAGCCAUCAUCCGGCACUUCACAGCCUACAAGAACCAGGACCAUGGUGCUUGGCUACGUGGUGGGGACGUGUGGCUAGACAACUGCCGGUUUGCAGACAAUGGCAUCGGCCUGACCCUGGCCAGUGGUGGAACCUUCCCGUAUGAUGACGGCUCCAAGCAGGAGAUAAAGAACAGCUUGUUUGUUGGAGAGAGUGGCAACGUGGGGACAGAAAUGAUGGACAACAGGAUCUGGGGUCCAGGUGGCUUGGACCACAGUGGAAGGACCCUUCCUAUAGGCCAGAAUUUUCCAAUUAGAGGAAUUCAGUUCUAUGAUGGCCCCAUCAACAUCCAGAACUGCACCUUCCGGAAGUUCGCUGCCCUGGAGGGCCGGCACACCAGUGCCCUGGCCUUCCGCCUGAACAACGCCUGGCAGAGCUGCCCCCAUAACAACGUGACCGGCAUCGUCUUCGAGGACGUCCCGAUUACUUCCAGAGUGUUCUUCGGAGAGCCUGGGCCCUGGUUCAAUCAACUGGACAUGGAUGGGGAUAAGACAUCCGUGUUCCAUGAUGUCGAUGGCUCUGUGUCCGAGUACCCUGGCUCCUACCUCACCAAGGACGACAACUGGCUGGUCCGGCACCCAGACUGCAUCAGUGUUCCAGACUGGAGGGGGGCCAUCUGCAGUGGGCGCUACGCACAGAUGUACAUUCAGGCCUAUAAGACCAGCAACCUGCGGAUGAAGAUCAUCAAGAAUGACUCCCCCAGCCACCCCCUCUACCUGGAGGGGGCCCUCACCAGGAGCACCCACUACCAGCAGUACCAGCCGGUCGUCACCCUGCACAAGGGCUACACCAUCCACUGGGACCACACGGCCCCCGCCGAACUCGCCAUCUGGCUUAUCAACUUCAACAAGGGCGACUGGAUCCGAGUGGGGCUCUGCUACCCACGAGGCACCACCUUCUCCAUCCUCUCAGAUGUUCAUAAUCGCCUGCUGAAGCAGACGUCCAAGACGGGCACCUUUGUGAGGACGUUGCAGAUGGACAAACUGGAGCAGAGCUACCCCGGCAGGAGCCACUACUACUGGGACGAGGACACAGGGCUGCUGCUGCUGAGGUUGAAAGCUCAGAACGAGAGAGAGAAGUUCGCCUUCUGCUCUGUGAAAGGCUGUGAGAGAAUAAAGAUCAAAGCACUCAUCCCAAAGAAUGCAGGUGUCAGCGACUGCACGGCCUCGGCUUACCCCAAGUUCACCGAGAGGGCCGUCGUAGACGUGCCGAUGCCUAAGAAGCUCUCUGGGCUUCAGCUGAAGACAAAGGACCACUUCUUGGAGGUGAAGAUGGAGAGCUUUAAGCAGCACUUUUUCCACCUUUGGAACGACUUUGCUUACAUCGAGGUAGAUGGGAGGAAGUUCCCCAGCUCAGAAGACGGUAUCCAGGUGGUUGUGAUUGACGGGCGCCAAGGGCAUGUGCUGAGCCAUGCAAGCUUCAGGAACUCCAUUCUGCAGGGCAUCCCGUGGCAGCUCUUCAAUUACAUAGCAGCCAUCCCUGACAAUUCCAUAGUCCUCAUGGCCUCGAAGGGAAGAUAUGUCUCCAGGGGCCCAUGGACCAGAGUGCUGGAAAAGCUUGGGGCAGACAAGGGCCUCAAGUUGAAAGAGCAAAUGGCUUUCAUUGGUUUCAAAGGCAGCUUCCGGCCCAUCUGGGUUACCCUGGACACCGAGGACCACAAGGCCAAAAUCUUUCAGGUUGUGCCCAUCCCUGUGGUGAGGAAGAAGAAACUGUGAGGAAGCUGCCACCCAUGGCCACCUGGGGUGGACAGUGACAGUGCUUUGGGCAGCAGACCAGGGCAGCAUGGCUGGCUCCCCCAGCCCCUGUCCAGGAGCUGCCUGGGAGUGUGUAUCACCCCUGAUGGGCAAGGGAAGGACCUCAGAGACUUGGUGCUGCCACCUGCCCCUACUCAAGUAUCUACCUGCAGCCCCAGGGGCAGCGUGGGCCCCUGCAGGGAGCCGCCUCUCCUGCAGCCUCCUGGGUGCUUCUCUUCUAUCUGUGCUUCUUCAGUGGGGUGCAGGGACCCCACGAGGAGACCUGGGUUGUGCUGCCUACUGAGGUCCCUGACCCAGCUGGGACAUGAACCCAAGGGCUGGCCAUUCACAGGUCUCCUUGGUCCCCAGCAGACGCAUGAGGGUGGCAGAUGUAGGAAAUGGAGCCCUGGCUCUCAGGAAAUCUUCAUUCCUGUUAGCAGGAACUACCUUUCCCAGGAUAGGAGCUGCUGUGCAGACAGCUCACCAAAACGGAACCCACCAUCCUGGGGAAAGAGGCAAGCCCACUGCUGGUGGUGUCCCACCUUUUGGGAGACUUCGGGUGGCAGGCUGGGACUGGGACUGGGACUGGGUAACCUUCAAAGGCCUUUUCAGUUCUGAGAUUCCAGAAGUCUGUGGCAUUUCACAUGUUAGCUGGAACCGGCAGUGGAUGAGAACAUCUCUCCAGCUGACACCUAUGAUUCCGGGUGCUCAGGGCACCCCGGAUGGAGUGCUGAGAACGAAUGCUGGUGCCCAGGGUUUGCAGUCAGGUGGGCUGGGCUACCAGGCCUGUGCGCUGUAACACUAGCCACAGAAGUGACAGAGAGGUAGAACAGGGACCAGCACCUGGCCAGAGGAGGGAGGGUGGCACGAGCUCUGUGGUCAGGGUGGCCUCUUAGGAGGAGGCAGCAUGUUUGCAGAAUGACGGUGGGGUCCUUGAAGGGAAAGUCGAGGUAGCCUCUGGACUGGCUUGGGGUUGAGCCCUCAUGACAGAGAAGCAUGCCAGAGGAAGGAGUGGGCUGGGCUGAGUGUGUCCCCAGCCCUGUGGAAUGGGCCCAGCCAGCCCCAUUUCUGUCUCCACUGAAGAGAGCACCUGCUGGGGCCUCAUCACACUCCACCCAGGGGACCCAAGGAUGUGGAACUGCACACCCACUGAGUCUGCAAUUCCAGAGCUGGAAAGGACCUUAGAAAAAGAUCUGGUCAGAUGCCUUCCUUGUACAGACAAGGAAAAUGAGACCGGAGAUGGGAGGACAUACCCACACAGCAGGGCAGGGCCCUGGGAGCCCACUGCAGCACUUGCUGCCACACCACACUGCCUCUGCCAUCUGCCCAGGGUGCCCACACCCCUCAAGUAGCUUCCGGAAAUGGUGACAAAGUCCCCUUGAAGGGAAUCAGAGCGAUCACUGGCCAUGUUGUCCCCUUCCCGCUCCUCUGUGCACACUGGCCAGCCCUGGCCUUGGUCGUGGGGUGCUGUGGGCUUCACCUUGCUCACUCUUUCAGCCCUGGUGCCCCCUAGCUCUGCAGAUUUCUGGUGAGCCGGUGUGGUUGAUCCUGGGGGAUCUCAGCAGCCGUGGGGUACACCUCUAGUCCCUCUCAGCAGCUGCUCAGUGUCCUGCUCUCUCAAGCGUCUGCUCUAGAGCAAGCUGAAGGGCUCCUGGGAAAGGGAGAACUCGGUGGUUUACACUCAUUCACAAGGGCUCCCUGGUCUCCAAGGAGCCACAUUUAUCCCUUUCCCUGCCCAACUGCCAGAGAGGUCUUUCCCACCAAACUGGGAGGUGACGGUGGGUCUCUGACAUUUAAGAUAUGGCUGUUUCAAAGGCCAAAAUGACAGGAAGGACCUCUGCCAGGGAGGCGAGUGCUGUCAGGGAGGAGAGUUAAAAUGACCUCAUGUCUUCUUAUCUACAGAUUGGUUGAGUUUUCAAACUCUUUCAAUGCAAGGGUCUCGCACUGUGAACCAUUUAGGAUGUGAUCACUUUCAGGGGGCCAGGAAUGUUGACUCAGUUCAUUAAAAAAAAUAAUUAUCUAUUUGAAAGUUUUCAGAGUUGUACAUAUGUUUAACAGCACAGGAUCUGUACAUAAAACUUUCUUUCCUAAACUAUUCACCAAAAUCCAGCGUCUAGGCAUUUUUCUCAAUGGCACAUAUGUUGUACUUACUGCUUACAAAAUCAUUCUUGUUCUUUCUGUGCAUAAGAGUCAAAGUGAGUUAGGGCUUUAAGGAGAACAACAUUCCUCUGAAAUGCUUGUCUUCUUUAUUGUUGCCGAAACAGCUGGUUCUUUUUCGGGCAUUAGAUGUAUAGUGUGUUUUGUAUGUAAACAUUUCUUGUAGGCAUCACCAUGGACAAAGAUAUAUUUUCUAUUUAUUUAUUAUAUUCACAAUUCAAGAAGUCACUGUCAGAGAAAUGAAGAAUUGUCUUCCAUGUCAUGUGUGGGGAUGUCCUUUGUUCUUCUUGGAAGGAGUGUACCUAGAGCUGAAAAUCUUGCUGCACCAUAGUAAAUGUACAAAGGACAUCA